AUGAAAGGAGUUGAUAAUCACAAGUUCGAUACAAUAAUUGAGCGUAAUGGUGAAGAGAUAAAUGAUCAGCAAUCUGUCCAGACAUUAGAUUUUCAAGCCCAAACUGAUUCAAUAAGCAAUUCUGUCAGUCCGAAUGCAAAUUCAAAUGAAGAAAAUACCAUUCAUGAUUCAAAUGCGAUUAUAGCAGUGGAAGACACCAAUAGAAUUACUGUUCAGAAAGACACAAGAAAUAAUCGGCUGAUUGCAGUCGGCGGUGUCACUGGCAUCAAGGAGGAUCUCGAUCCUGUGAUAGGAUAUGCUGCAGAACCUUUGUUACCACUUCACGAAGCAUGUGCUCCGUUGUUCGACAUCCUUCACAAUUUAUCAUUCUACGUAGAAUUGGCGCUCAAUGAAACACCAGAAGAGCCACCCGAUAGGUUGACUGUGGACGAGAGUGCUUCGAUUCGUCUCUAUACUAUUGAAUGGGAAAAACCUCAUCGAAGUCUCUAUUCAAUGCUUAAUUACACUCUCAAAACGGCUUCACGUGAAGAACUUCGACCUUAUUUCAAAUAUAUGAAAUUGUUUUUGACUGCUCUCGUCAAGUUACCCUGUAUUCCACCACUGACGGUUUGGCGAGGUGUAGCCAAAGAUUUAAGUGCUGAGUUUCCACCAGGCACUCUUGUGACAUGGUGGGCAUUUUCUUCAUGCACAAGUGCACUGCCUGUAUUGGAAAAUAAUAUGUACUUAGGUUCGGAAGGUGAGAGAACUCUUUUCUCGGUCGAAGCAAUCAAUGGUCGAACCGUGCAAGCUCAUUCACAUUUUGUUACGGAAGAUGAAAUUCUUCUUUUGCCUGGUACACACAUGGAAGUUCAAUCACAGUUUAGUCCCGCAACUGAUCUUCAUAUCAUUCAUUUGAAGCAAAUAAAACCGGUCG